AUGCGCCUUGUUCGUGAGGUUGUUCUGCUCACUUCCGACCGAAACCUCCGCCUCAAAGCCCUCAGCCUCAACAUCCCCGCGCGUCCUCUGCGCUUCUUUGUUGAGUGGACUGGUCUGCCCACUCCACCAGUUGGUUCAUUGUCUUGCACCUCCGGCGCGAACGUUGAUCCUAGUCCGGCCCGCUCUUCGACUGUGGGCAGUUCGCGGCACGCGGAUCACAACCGCUGGGACCGAAGAACAACGAACAAAUNGUGCAAUCACAUCGUCUCGCCUUUUAUUGCUCCCCUGUACAACUCUCUGUUAAAUCCCUGCCCGCUUCCCUCCCUCCAUGCCCGCCUCUAUUGA